AUGGCUCGUAAGCCAGAUCAAGUGGCCGUAAUAAAUGACAUUACCAAAAAGUUGUCCGCGUCAUCGCUGUCUAAAGACGUACUAAAUAAGACCCUUAAGUCCGCGGCGAGCGUGCUGGAGGAGCUACAGCAGUCCGCGCCAGAGCCGACGAUGUCGGCGUUGCGCCCGUUGGCGCAAGCGCUGGCGGUGCCCAACUUCAUGCGCCAUCGCGACCGCGACGUGCGCGUGCUCCUCGCGUUCUGCGUGAGCGAGGUGCUGCGCGUGUUCGCGCCCGACCCGCCGUACGACGACGCGCCGCUUAAGAGCGUGUUUGAACUGCUGGUGGGCACGUACGAGGGCCUAGAGGACACGAGCAACGCGCUGUACCCGCGGCGGGUGGCGAUUCUGGAGUCGAUGGCGCGGGUGAAGACGUGCAUCAUCAUGCUGGACCUCGAGUGCACCGACCUCAUCCUGCACAUGUUCGAGACCUUCUUCCGCGUCGUGCGCCCUGAGCAUGCACUGCAUGUGCAGAUGGCGAUGGUGGAGGUGAUGGCAUCAGUCAUCGAUGAGAGUGAGGACGUCUCCCCACAGCUACUGGACGCCAUUAUCUGCAACAUGCUCUCUCCGGAAAAGGAGGCCUCUCCAUACGCGUACCAGCUUGCAGCAGCAGUGGUGAAGCGAUCCGCGGAGCGGCUGCAGCCAGUGCUCCAGAGGCACCUCGCCCCCGCAAUCCGCACUGUGGCCGCUGCUGGAGGCAAGGACGGGGAGAGCAAGGGCGGCGGUGGCGGCGGCGGUAGUCUGGCGUGCAAGCGCUACCACGAUGUGAUUCUGGAGGUGUUUCGAGUGGCGCCGAGUGCGCUGGAGAUGGCACUGCCGCAGAUACAUGAGGAGCUCGUGGUAAGGAGCGGUGGAUGCUCACAGCACAAGGAUCCCGAGGUGUGCCUGAGGGCGGUGUCGCUGUUGGGGCGGCUGCUCAUGGUGGACGCAGCCACACCCCCCCGUUCUCACCCCCCUCCCGCCCCUUCCUUCCCCUUCUACCACACGCUCCCCCUCGCCCCGUCUCCCUCACAGCAUGAGGAUCCCGAGGUGCGGCUGAGGGCGGUGUCACUGGUGGGGAAGCUGCUGAUGGUGGACGCGGCCACGCUGCAGCACCACUACAGGCAGCUCUUUGCCGAGUUCCUGCGCCGCUCCAACGACAAGUCCGUCGACGUGCGCGUCAAGCUCGUCAACCUCCUCGAAUCCUUCCUCCUCCCGGCUGCUGGUUCCACUUCCGGUGCUGCUGCUGGUGCUGGUUCAGCUGGUGGUGGUGGUGGGACAGCAGGGGCCGCGGCAGGGGCUGGGGGGAACGCGCUUGUGGCCUUGUAUUUCAACAAGGCGCCUGGGGUGGCAGGGGCUGUGGCUGGUGCUGGUGGUGCUGGGGCUGUUGGUGCCGGGGUGGGAGCAGGUGUUGGCGUUGGCGGCAGGGCUGUGGAUAUGUCAGAAAUAAGGAACAUGCUGCUGGAGCGACUGCUAGACGUGGAGGAGCGGGUGAGGCAGGCGGCGGUGAAGGCCCUCUGCUCUGUGUUCGCCCGCAGCCCCAAGCUGCUGCCCGUGGCGGACCUGCGAGCAGUGGCGGACAGACUGAGGGACAAGAAGGUCCCUGUGCGACGAUCCACAUUACCAGAGAUUGCGAGGGUUUAUAGGGAGCACUGCUUGCGGUGCGCGGUGCGGGAUAAGGAGAGGGAGGAGGCUGAGGGAGGGAAAAGGGGGAAGGGAGAGGAGGCGGGAGCGGGAGGGGAAGGGGGAGGGGUGGGGAAUGGUGUGGAGGGGGAUAAGGAGGAGGAGGAGGAGGUGGAGAGGUUUGAGUGGCUGCCGAGUCGGAUGAUCAAGUGCUGCUAUUUCAAAGAUUGCAAGGACUUCAAGCCUCAGACCAUGGACGUGUUCUUUGACGAGGAGCUCUUCCCCAAGACACUCCCUGUGGAGCGGAGGGCGUUCCACUGGGUGUACCUCUUCCACUCCUUUGAUGUCAACGACCUCAAGGCCUUCUCGCACAUCCUGCAGAACAAGCAGAUCCUUCAAUCCAGCAUGGCAACGUUCCUGCGAACACGCCAAGAGCUCAAGGACCUAGAGGCUCGUGAGCGGAAAAAGGCUGGAGAGGAGGCAGAGAAGAGCAAGGGGAAGGGCAAGGAGAAAGCAGAACCAGGGACUGAUGGGGAAGGCGGGGAAGACGCAGGGAAAGCGGGAGGAGGAGGAGGAGGAGGGGAUGGGGGUCUGGUGGCGAUUGAAGCUGAGAGGAAGGUGCUGCAAGAGAGGAUGGUGGCGACAGGGAGGCGCAUGGCACAGGCAGCGUUUCUGGAUGUCGCAAAGGCAGAGGAGCAUUUUGCAAAGCUGGCUGUGCUAAAGGAUAAUAAUGUGUUUCGGCUGCUCUCGUCCCUCAUGUCCCCUGCUGAAACGCUCACGUCGAUACAGGCCAUGCGGGAGGAGUUGCUGAAGCGCAUAGGCGAGAGGUCACACCUGUACGACCUGGUGAAGGACCUCUCCUUCAAGCUCUCCUUUCACCUCUUUGGUCGGCAACACACCGAACACGUCCUGGCUAUCCUUGGUGCCAUUGCAGCGAAAGGGGAGGAAGCAGCAGCCAAGGUUAAUCCUGAGGGCGUGGAGGAUGAGGAGAAGGAGGGAGGGGAGAAGGGGGGGGGCGUGGUGGGUGGGAAGAGGUGGGACGGGAAAGGGAAGGAGGAGGAGGGGGAGGGGGCGGGCGGGGGUGGUGGGGAGGGGGAGAAGGGAGGGGGCGUGGUGGGUGGGAAGAGGUCGGGUGCGGCGGGACUGUCUGAGGUGGCAGCACACUUCCCUGCGCUUUUUGAGGGGUGCUUCUCCAGCCUGCUUCCUCUCCUGAGGGCGCACCAUCCGGAGCUCAAGGAGGGCGCGGCGAAGCUGCUUUCCAAGCUCUCCUUCUCCCCGGACUCCGCCUCCCCCCAUGCUGCUGCUCUCAGCAACCAGCCUCCGGAUUCGCAGACCACCAACGACACCAUGGAGUGUCUGAAGCAGCUGGCUAUGGACGGCACGAGGCACCAGAUCAAGGCAGCAGUGGCUGCCCUCUCUGCCUCCAUCUAUGGCGCUAGAGGCCGCUCCACACUCUCGUUCAUCUACGAGAGGGCGUUCAAGUCGCUGGAGAGUGCGGGUGAGCAGAAGCUGCAGAGGAGCCUGGAUGCGCUGGGGGAGAUUGCGCGCUUCGCCCCGGACGUGUGGCAGCCGCAUGAGGACGAAAUCAUCAAGUUUGUUGUUCGCAAGCUGCUGCGGUACUCCAGUUUUUUAGCCCAGGCGAGUGCAGCAGCAGCGCUUGACACGCCUUCGGCUAUGGCAACACUCAAGUCGCGCGGCAUCAAGAUGCUGGUGAAGACGUUUCUGCCACGGCAGGCGACUCCGGGGAGCACCAAGAAGCAGUCGACGGGACUGCAGGCCGUGCUGGGGAAGCUGCUGCCUCGGGGCGAGGUGUAUGAAGACGUGCUGUCCUCGGACGCGGACAAAGCGCUGCUGCGGCUGACAGCAGCCAAGUCAGUUGUGAACCUCGCCACACAGCUCGACUCACAGAUCACUCCCGACCUCUACCGCCUCGCACUCUUCUCCUCCCUCGAUGCGGUGCCUCUGGUGAGGAGGGGCUUUGCUAGCAAGCUGAUAGCAGGCCUCAAGGAUCGCUCUGUGCCCAUGCGCUAUGCUGCUGCGCUGCCGCUGCUGGCGGCUGCAGAGGAGACGGACAGCGAGCAGCAGACGGAGGUGAGGAGGAAAAGGGGGGUAGAGGGUGAGGUCCGUAGGUACCUAGCAGAAUACGUGGACGUUACUAGGAGGGCGGCUGCUAGGAGAUCCGUAGCAGGGUUGACUGGGGACGAUGGGAAGGACAGGGAAGUGAAGCGGGAGGGGCAGGCGUGGGAGGUGAAGGGAGGGGGAGAGGAAGCGGGGGGCAAAGAGGCUGGUACGAGUGCGGCCGGUGCUGCUGAUUCUGCUGCUGCUGGUGCUGGGGGUGCUGGUGUUGCAGGGUUAUCGACGAUUAUAGAGCACCCCGAGUAUGUGCUGGUGUAUCUGGCAUAUGUGCUGGCCCAGCACCCACAGUGGCCGAAGGUUGAUGCUGGCAGCGCCAAGGCCGAGGACUAUGAGCCGAUUCAGCGUCCUCUGGAGUACCUGCUGAGGGCAUUGCUGCAGGGGGGCGCGGAAUGGGGGAGGGGCGCGGAGGCAGGUGCAGGGGCAUCGCGCAAGGACAGGGGCGCGGGGCAGGAGGAGGUGGAUAACCUGGGAGCGGUGCUGGCAGUGCUGCGGACCAUCAAGGCGGCCAGCCCUGUUGCCAACAGCGUUGCACAGGAGGUGAGUGAGUGGCAUGUUUCUCUUGUAACCACGACUCAAAGGACAGGUGGGGCUAGGGAGGCGGGGGGCGUUGGGAAGGAGGAGGUGGAUAACCUGAGAGCCGUGCUGGCAGUGCUGCGGACCAUCAAGGCGGCUAGCCCGGUUGCCAACAGCGUUGUACAGGAGUCCUUCUCCACAGCUCCUCUUGCUUUCUCCUCCUGCCGCCCUUGCUUCUCCUCAUCCGACUUCGUCAGCCAACCACCACCCCCUGGUGUGAACUGCUGUUUCGGUUCCUUCAUCCCAUGCCGUUCUUCUCCCCAGCUCUUCUUGCUUUCUCCUCCUGCCACCUUUGCUUCUCCCUGUCCAACUUUGUCAGCCAACCACCUCCUCCUGAAACUAGCAGCAGUGUGCGACAUUGGCAUUGCGAUAGCCAAGGCCAUUGGCAGGACUCGUCCCUUCACGCUCACCUACUCACAACCAGUGCCUCUUCCCUCUGCACUCUUCAAAAGCCCUGCUACAUUGCCGCCCCCUGCUGCUGCUGCUGUUGCUUCUGCUGCUGGGGCAAUCACACCAGCGGCAGCAGGAGCAGCAGCAGCAGGAGGGGCAGCAGGGGCGGAGAAUGGAGCUGGGGAGACUGAGACCCCUGAGCCUACACCUGGUUCCGAGCUGCCUCUCACUCCCCUGCCGGACGGCAGCAAUCUCCCGGCCUGCCUGUCUGAUCUAGAGACCCAGUUCGUGGUGCAAGUGAAGCCCCUUGCGUCUCCUGCCGCCAAAGCACGGCACCAUGCUGCCCGUGCCGGCGGAAAGGGCAAGAGACCUUCAAGAAACACUACUAGAAGGAGGCUGGAUGGGCGAGGAGAGGAGGAGGAGGGAGACGAGGAGGAGGAUGAAGAGGCAGAGGAGGUGGGAGGGGACGAGGAGGGCGAGGAGGAGGAGGAGGAGGAGGAGGAUGACGUGGUGAAGAAAGUACCACCAACACCAGCAGCUGCGCCGGCAGGGGCGAACGAGAUUGCGCUGCGCAAGGCGUAUGUGGGGCGGCGCAUCAAAGUGUGGUGGCCGCUAGACAAAGCCUACUAUAAGGGCGUAAUCAAGUCAUACCAAGUCAAGACUGAGAAGCACACGGUGCGGUACGACGAUGGCGACAAGGAGGACCUGUUGCUGCACCGGGAGAAGUUUGAGUUCAUUGACGGUCUGCCCCCCCCCACCGCCGCUUCCGCUGAGAAGCCGGCAACUUCUGCUCCUGAAUCUGCCAGCAAAGGAAAGACUGCAGGGUCACACAGAAAGGGCGCGGAGGCAGCAGGUGCUGACGGUGCCACCAGCAUUAGCAAAUCUCACAAGAAAAAGGUUCCUCCUCCAGCUCCUGCUGCUGACCCUCCUGCUCCCGCUCCCUCUGCUGCGACUGGCGCUGCUGCUAAGGCAGAUGGGGGGAAGGCUAAGGGUGCAAGCACACCUGCAGCGGAUAAGGGGACUGGGAGAGGGAAAGGGACUGCUACUGCCGCUGCUGGUGGUGGAGGGAGAGGAGGGGGAUCAGCUGAAAAGGGAGGGAGAGGGAAGAGAAAGGCAGAGGAGGUGGUUGGGGAUGAGGAGAGGGAGGGGGAUGAGGAGGGGGAUGAGACAGGGAGAGAGGGGAAGGAGGAGGGAGGGAAGAGAGGGAAGGGGGCGAAGAGGGGGAGGGGAGCGGGGGGGAAGGAAGAUGAGGGAGGUGAGAGCAGUGAGCAGGGGGAUGUGGAAAUGGUUGAAGCUGAUGAGGUUGAUGGGGGGGAAGAGAAGGGCGAGAUGGGUGAGAAGGAAGGGAAGGGUGAUAAAGGUGAGAAGGCGGAGAAAGGGGAGGACGAGAAAAAGGAAGAGAAUGUGGAGAAAAAAGGGGAGACUGAGAAGAAGGGUGGGGAGAGUGAGAAGGGGGCUGAGGAGGUGAGCGAAAAGAAGCAGAAGGAGGAGAAGAAAAGCGGUGAGGAGGGGGAGAAGGGGGAGGGAAAGGCUGGGGCGAAAAAAGCAGUGAAGGCAAGUGUAGGCAUUGCUGCUAGUGUUCCUGUAGCUGCGAGUGCGGCUGAUGCCAAGGCUACUACCAAGACUGCUGAUGCUAAGAGUGCAGAGGUCAAGAAGAAAGGGACUGAGGCCGAAAAACCGGAGAAGACCGAUGUGGGGAAGAAGGGCGGGGAGAAGAGGGGGAAGGCUGAUGGGGAGGAGGAAGGGGAGGAGCGCAAUGGGGCUAAUAAGAAGCAGAAAGCGUCAGGGGAUGGUGAGGGAGAGGGCGAGGGGGCAGCUAAGGGAGGGAAGGAUGAGGGUAGGGCGGAAGAGAGUGCCAGAGGGAAGGCUGAGAAGGACGGGGAGAAGGCAGGGGCAAAGGCAGGGGAUAAGGAAGGAGGUAAGGCCAAGGAGAGUACUGCUGUAAAUGGGAACUCAGCUGGUGAGGAGGAUGAGAAGGAGAAGGAGGAGGAGGAGGGGGAGAAGGGGAAGGAGAAGGAGCAGGAGGCAGGUGAAGGGGGAGAUGGGAAGGCAGGAGCAGCAGCGCAGGGGGGUCGAGCGAGGAAGGUGUCUAUUGGCAUUGCAGUGGGUGCGCAGGAAGAGAAGAAAGCAGGGGGUGCGGCAGGAGAAAGGGAGGAGAAGAAGGCAGCAAAGGAAGCAGAAGCUGAGGCUGCUGGGGCAGGAGGAUCCGGAGGAGAGUCAGAUGGAAAGGACAAGAGGCAGCUUAGGGAGCGUCGGACCCGCGGCAAGUCGUAG